AUGAUACGACUGUAUUACUGGUUUAACGCGACGGAGACGGAGACGGAGAUGGAUAUGGAGAUGGACAUGGACAUGGAGCCUGGGGACCAACUGGAGGCUUUGAUCACUGCUAUCCCGAAAUGCCGCUCGACGACACCCUCUCUAUGGUGCUGCUGCGGUCGCACAGAUUGUGCCUAUCUGAAGCACAAUGGGGUUGCACUCGACGAUCUUGAGAAAGAAGUUCGGACGGUCGCCUCACUCGGCCAGGCUCUGCUAGUACGCCAUGAACAGUAUAUGCACGAUGCCGAGAAGGAUCGCAAGGCGCUGGAGCACGAGAAUGCGAAAUCGAUCGAGGAAAAUCGCGGACUGUUGGAUCAACUGGAAGACCUGAAUGGAACCCUCGAGGAGUCCGAAACGCACAUUAAAUCUCUCGAAGCCACUCUAUACUCGACCCGCCAGGAACUCCGUCACCUCGAAUUGUUAGCGUCGCGGACCCGGGACUUGGAGGUGCAGCUGGCUGCUCUUGAACAGGAGCAGGACUUGUUGCAGAGGACUCUAAUAACGACGCAAGAGGAAGAACGGUCUGCUAUCCAGAGAUGGAGGAAAGCCGAGCGGAGAAUAUGCGACUUGCAUGGACAGUUGGAGAGAAUCGAGCGAGAAGCCAAGGAGGAAAGAGAGAAGCACGUCGAAGUGAUGGGUCGUAUGGAAAGGCAGAGGGCAGUGGAAAAGGAACUCGACACUGCUGCUGGAAGACUGAAGGGUGCCGCUGCGGCCACGACCAGCAAUAGCAAGAAUGGGAGCAACGUGGUGUCGCAUUUUGUCAAGGACAUCCUGCAGGACAACGCGAAUCUGCAGAUGGGGAUCGUGGAAUUAAGGGAGAUGCUCAUGAACUCGAACGACGAAGUUCAGACGCUGCGGGAGCAACUACUCAUGCACCAGCCGAUGGACGACGAGGGCCAUGCCAGUGGACCACAAACUCUCAGGGCAGAGCUUGCUCCAAAGGAACCAGCAAUAGAGGAGAGAGCACCUCAGGUCAUCUCGCAAGCCCUGCAUAUCCACCAUCAUUAUCAUACAUCCAAGAAGGAAGAGAUUCGUCGUCCGAAGAAGAAGCGUAUCUCUCUCAACGUAGCUCUGUUGACACCACCCAAAGGCAUGCAAUCCCCAAGGGCAAACCAAAGCCACGACUCUGCGAGCGCGAUACUGUCACAGACAUCAGUCACCAUACCGUCUCCUCUCACCCCGAACAACAGGUGGUCGGUACAAUCGGGACAGAUGUCCGAGUUUGCUCCUUCAUCUGUCCCAAGUUCUCCUCAGUCCAUCUACAGGCAGAGCGGAUUGUUUGACAGGCUCGACAUCGACUCAUCUCGACCUACCUCUCCUUCGUCCAGUCUCGACCUCAUGUCGCCCAAAUUCGCACCAUCAUUUCAUCACCGGAAGCGAGGCUCGGAGGCGUCCACUCAAAGCUGCCUGCUUGCUUCAAAGUUCCAGUCUCACGUUAUUCACGAAGAGAGAGGUGACGAUAUCGAGGAGAUCGAAGACGUGCAGCCAACUCCACCACUGGACGAUGAUCCGACCCCUUCGCACACGUCCCGUGACACAGAGUACUUCUCUACAGACCAUGAGGAAGAGCACUGGACGUCGUCUCUUCGGCCACGACUUCGACCCUCGGCAUCUCAUGACUCAAUACUCUCAGUUUCGGGCAUCGACAUUCACACACUUAAAUCUCGCCCCAGCCAGAUCACCAUCCGAGGUGGCAGCGCCCUCCUUCGUCCACCAUCACGAUUAGGCACCCCGACGGUCAUUGUCUCCAGCGAGUCGUCCACGGUUAUACCACGUGCUACUCUGUCUCGUCAGACUCAGGAUAGUACGGCCUACCUGCGUAGCAUGCGAGCGAGUGGCGACGGCCCCCGGUCGAUCUCACCAUCAAACUCCAACGAAAGAACCAAGACAAAACUUGGCGGGUGGGUAUUCGGUCGCUGGGGUAUCACUCCUCAGAAGUCGGCCGGAGGUGCUGGACGAUCAUCUUCAGCAAGCCCACAGUCAAGCCCACAGCAAAAACAACAACAACAACAACGAGCCGUGAGCACACCCGUGGUGGACCCUCUGAAAGCGUUUGCGGGCCGCGCUCCUGGCAUCAACCAGAAGGGUCCAAUCCUAGGCUUUGCGAAGAAAAUUGAAAGAGCUCCAAGUCAAGUGAAGGCAGAAGUCGUGGACCACGACGCACUCAGAGAGAUCUUGAUGGAGGGAGGCGUGGAGAUGCCCACCACAGCAGGGUCGUCGUCGGCAGCAGGCAAGAAAGAGAGGAGGGGCCUACCAAAGACUAGAACGGGGAUGCCGGACAUGCAAUGUUUCCGGUGCAUCAAAUUCGGCACGAGGUGCGACGGCUACGUCUCCGACGAGAAAGCAUUUCAGAAAGCAUUUCAGAAAGCUCUGCUCCCCAAAGCGCCAGUCGUUCCGCCGCUGUUGAUCAGGAGUACCGCUAUUUUAACGUCUUUUGGAACAAGACGGCGUCCGAGCGAGAUCUUACCCGAUUUUGACGAGCACAUCUUCCCGUUGAGACAGGUUAUCUUGCAGACCUGCGAGAGAUCGUUUGCCGCCGACAUGGUCUUGGACGAGGGGCUCCUUAUGGGACCAGCUGAGCUCUGCAUAGUCAAACACGCAGUCAUCGCUCUUGGAGCGUUAGACUUAGCAGCCGAUUCACACAGAGACUUCUCACGUCUCACCCUUAACGGACGCUCCAAAAACUCCCAGGAACAUCACCACAACGCAUUCCGGCAAUACACGACCGCAAUCCGAGAGAUGUGGCUAGCGGCUGGAAGCGGGAACCAAGACUUGCGCAUUACUUUGCUAACGUGUCUCGUGGCGUGGCGGGAGGAGGCCGUCGAUGCGAGGAGUGAGAGACGGUUUGUAUGUUUGGAGGGUAAUGCGCAAGAUCGGGUAGAGGAUCAACUGGUAAGAAUCUUCCAAGGACUGGAUGUUCAGGCCGCAAGUUUCACAUAUGAAAAUACGCCCGAAAGAAAGGUCCUGAUCCAAGAAGGUGAGCGUGCGCUCCUGAGCCGCAUGCCCGCAACCUUCGAAUCCGUGCACGAAGCCUCUAUCUAUGAGUAUGCACUCGUGCGGCAAACCAUGCGGCUGUUCUCUGCGCGCGUGAGGCACCACAUCCCACCACCGCCUCGUAUCGCAGUCCCCCUGCACGUGCAGGGGCUUGGUGGUGUCAAAGAUCCUGCCGUGGUAGCAGUCCAGCAGCGCAUCAUGGCAGACCUGGCGCGGUGGGUUUGGGAUAGUGUGCUUAGUGGGAAGGCUGGGGAGUGGGCUAUGGAGGUUGAAGAUGAGUUUUGUGACAGCGAGGGCAGGGUGCCAGUUUGGGUCAGGAUACACUUCGUUGCGCUGGCAAGGGAUCCAGAGGCAAGGCUUGCGGUUUUGCCGUGUCGGCAGCGGGCAGGUUCUGAGACGGAGUAUGAGAUGGUGACGAGAACGACGAGUAACUCGAUGGCAGUCAGUACCGCUUAA